UGUGGUGGCGUCAUCAGCGCCGCGCUGACAGAAUCCAGUCGCAGUAGGGCGACUGUGGCAGCGUUUUCGCUGAGGGUCGGUAGGCUGCCGGUGGCAUGUUACCGACUAUGAACACUGUGGAGGCGGAAGAGGAGUACGCGGAGGAUUGUCCUGAACUGGUCCCCAUUGCGACCAACAACCAAGAAGAGGAAAAUCUUGACUUCAUCAUUAAGAUUCCAGUCACAAUUAUCACCGGGUAUUUAGGUGCUGGAAAGACAACACUUCUGAACUACAUUUUGACUGAACAACAUAAUAGAAAAAUAGCAGUUAUUUUAAAUGAAUUUGGAGAAGGGAGUGCAGUAGAGAAAUCCUUAUCUAUCAGUCAAGGUGGAGAACUCUAUGAAGAGUGGCUGGAACUUAGAAACGGUUGCCUUUGCUGUUCUGUGAAAGACAAUGGCCUUAGAGCUAUAGAGAAUCUGAUGCAAAAGAAGGGGAAAUUUGAUUACAUACUCUUAGAGACCACCGGACUAGCAGAUCCUGGUGCAGUGGCUUCUAUGUUUUGGGUUGAUGCUGAGUUAGGGAGUGAUAUUUAUCUUGAUGGUAUCAUAACUGUUGUAGAUUCAAAAUAUGGAUUAAAACAUUUAACUGAAGAAAAACCCGAUGGUCUUGUCAAUGAAGCUACAAGGCAAGUUGCUUUGGCAGACAUGAUUCUUAUCAAUAAAACAGACUUGGUUUCUGAAGAGGAGCUAAACAAAUUAGCUACAACUAUCAGGUCAAUAAAUGGACUGGGAAAAAUUUUAGAAACUCAAAGAUCAAGAGUUCAUCUCUCAAAUAUAUUAGAUCUUCAUGCCUAUGAUAUUCUCUCUGGAAUAAGUUUACAGAAAAAGCUUCAGCAUGUACCAACAGCACCCCACCUUGAUCAGAGUAUUGUUACAGUCACAUUUGAAGUACCAGGAAGUGUGAAGGAAGAGAAUCUAAAUGUAUUUAUCCAGAAUCUCCUGUGGGAAAAGAACAUACAAAACAAGGACGGCCACUGCAUGGAGGUCAUACGGCUGAAGGGGCUGGUGUCCAUCAAAGACAAACCACAGCAAAUGAUUUUGCAAGGCAUCCAUGAACUGUACGACCUGGAAGAGAGCCUAGAAAACUGGAAAGAUGAUGCCAAGAGAGCAAGUCAGCUGGUCUUUAUUGGAAAGAAUUUAGAUAAGGUUAUUCUUAAAGAACUCUUCAUCUCUGCUGUAGCAGAAACAGAAGAACAGAGGACAGCACCUGGCAAAGACCAAGUUUGUCCAUCACACUAGAUGCCGUUUCUUUCCAAAAGAACUGAUAAGAAGAGCAAGGAUCACUUUUCUACUGGAUGUAUUUCAAUCCUGAAUUCUUUUCAUUACCUCUCUUAUGAGUUAGGAGUAUACUUUAUGAUAGUAUUUAUUUUAUAAAAUACAUAAAGUUUUAGUAAAUCGCUAUAAAAAUAUUUGAUAUUCAUACAAUAAAAUGUGUCCCCUUAAGAUUUUUUUUGAGACAAGUAUUUCAUAAAAGUUCCAGAAUUUUCUUUGAAGUUUAAGCAUGAAUGCUAACUUAUACUUCAUUAUUUGUAAAAAUGAUGGCAAACUUCAACAUUUUCAUUUUCCCUUUAAACUUCAGAUAACUGCAGAGAUAUAAUGAUUGUAUUGAUAGUAACAAAAUGUUGUCUUUGUUGAUUUUUUUUGUUUUGUUUUUGUUUUUUGUUUUGUUUUUUUGAGACAGGGUUUCUCUGUAUUGUUUUGGAACCUGUCCUGGAAUCUAGCUCUUUAGACCAGGCUGGCCUCAAACUCACAGAGAUCCACCUGCCUCUGCCUCCUGAGUGCUGGGAUUAAAGGUGUAUGCCACCCACGCCCAGCUGUCUGUCUUUGUAAUUUUAAAAAUGUUUAACCUUAAUUUUUUUUUUUUUUUUUUUUUUUGUUAUGUGCAUGGGUAUUUUGCCUGCAUGUAUGUCUGUGCACCAUGUGCAUCAUUGCCUAAGGAGUCCAGAAGAGGGCACUGGAUCCUCUGGGACUGGAAGGUCCUCUGGAAGAGCAGCCAGUGUUCUUAAACACUGAGCCAUCUCUUCAGCCCUGUCACUAUGUUUCUAAUGGAAAGAGUCUCUAGUUCCUAAAGACUUAAAGAGGAAGAAAUCUGAGUCAGAGAAAUUAAACUGUCUCUUACAAUCAGUGUAAUGAUACUUCAGCUCUUUGUUCUGUAUUAGCUUAGAAAAUUGUGGAAUGUUAAACUGUGGUUUUAUUGCUGGCAUUAAAUUCAUCUUGACUAUU